AUGGAAAAGCCUCAGAAGAACUAUAACGAUACAAUAGCAGUGUACAGGACCCGGCUCAUCGACGACAGUACGACCGCAAACUUCGGCGACAAGACAUUCAAAUUCUGUCCGUUGACAACCAUUGACGAAAUCGCUUCUGAAAGUAAUACCACGGACAUUUUUCUCUUCUCCGGGCUUGACACCAUCACUGUAGACGGACUAAACGGAAAGAUCCGGCCAGGCGGUGAGCGAUUGUUUGCUCUCGCUAUCUAUUGCGGUCUCUCGCAACCUGAUAUAGUUGUCGUCUUAACAUACUACAAUGAUGAUGCCCUUCCUUUCUCACCAGACGACUGGCUCGCGACGACCGAAGAACGGACAGACUCGGCCUUCGAUACUAUUUGCGACACACAAGAUCUUUUUACCGUCCCUGAACUUCACGAACGGCAAUAUAGGGAAUUUGCACUCAAAGUCAGCAAGUUUCGGCAAGAUGCUGAACGAGAACGCAAUUUUCUCGAGAGUUUGGCCCGUUCUCCAGGCUCACACGAGCACAUCACUACGUUCUACACUGGCUUCGUAUUCGAGAAGAAGAUAUACCUUAUCGCUGAGCUAGCAGAUGGCAACUUGGACGAGUUCAUGGCGAAGUACCCCGAACGCUGGGCUGUCGAAGAUCUAGAUCGUGAGUGGCUUUUGGCACAGCUCUGGGGCUUUGCGAGUGCUCUAGACGUUCUUCACGGUCAUAUGACAUACCACCAUCACGAUAUCAAGUCUACCAACAUCCUAGUAUUCAUCGGUCCUGCCGCUGACGUGAAACACAGAUUGAAGUUUACGGACUUCGGCUCCGCAGGCUAUGGCGGGUGUCUUAAUGCGACCGGACUUAGUGCAAAGUCAAGGAUCAAAGGCAGUACACUAGCGCUGCCACCGGAGACGCAUAAUAACGGGUCAAGCUCUCGCCCGCAUGAUGUUUGGUCGUUAGGAUGCGUCUUCCUCGACAUUUUAGUGUGGCACUGGAAAGGCUGGGAAUAUCUAAAAGAGUUCCGUUCCGAGGUAAUGGAAGAGAGCGCAGUUUGCUGCUAUUACACCGUAGAGGAUGGGAAUUUGACGACAACUGGGUCAGUUUCGGCUGCUCUAGAUGAGCUUGGGCCGACUGAAGCUGAACUCGCUUACGUCAUACAAGACGUGCUGGAGAUCGACCCAGGUUGUCGACCGAACGCAGCCAAUGUGUUGGAAAGACUGGGUGCGGUGGAUUAG